AUGACUGAAAGCAGACAAAAAUUGCCAUUUUCGAACCCACAAUUCAAGGAAUGUAAUAAAACCCUAAAUUCAGGAACUUGUCACAACAAUGGCCAAUCAGGUCAGGAGCCUUCAUGGCUGUCUGCUGAGAACAAGUUUUUGUUGCAGACGAGUUCGAAGCAGAAGUUAAAAGCCGAUGCUGUCGUUGCAUCUGAUGGCUCGGGUCUCUAUAAGACCAUUGGUGAAGCUGUCCGAGCUGCGCCUAGUCGGAGUGAUAAGAGGUUUGUUAUAUACGUAAAGGAAGGAGUCUAUCUUGAAAAUGUGAAAGUCGACGACGACAAAUGGAAUGUAAUGAUGUAUGGCGAUGGAAUUGGAAAAACAAUUGUUUCUAGCGAUCUUUCCGUAGGUGUUCAAACAACUACCGGUGACACAGCAACAUUCGCUGUGUUCGGAAAAGGAUUUAUCGCAAUUGACAUGGAGUUCGAGAACACGGCGGGUCCCACCAGGGGGCAGGCGGUGGCCCUACUCUCCUCGUCCGACCAAUCGGUGUUCUACCGUUGCCGGAUCGCCGGAUACCAAGAUACUCUCUCCACAAUGUCCGGCCGGCAAUUCUACCGCGAAUGCGAAAUCCUCGGGACAAUUGAUUUUAUCUUCGGAAGAGCUGCCACCGUCAUUCAAAAUAGCGACAUACUUGUUCGCCGCCCAUCAACCACUCAAAAAAUUACUACAAUCACCGCUCAGGGCAAGGAUGUGUCGCAAACCAAUAGCGGUUUGUCCAUACAAAAUUGCAACAUUGACGCCGCAGAAAAUCUUGACGGCGUCAAAAUAUAUUUGGGCCGGCCGUGGAAGGCCUACUCGACCACCGUGAUCAUGGAGAGCCAAUUGGGGAGUCUUAUAGACCCGGCGGGAUGGCUGCCGUGGGACGGGCAGCCGCCGCCGGAUACAUUAUUAUAUGUUGAGUAUAGUAAUAGAGGGCCGGGUGCGGAUACCGCAAGAAGAGUUAAAUGGAAAGGAGUGAAGGUUGGGAAUACCAGAGAAGAUGCGGAUAAAUUUACUGUUACAAACUUUAUCGAUGGAGACCAAUGGCUUCCAAAUACUGGCGUGCCAUUUCAAGCCAGUUUAUGA